AUGACAGAUCUACGCUGGUCAGCGUCAGCAGCGCUGCACAAGCCUGAGGCGCGUGAUGUGAUGCGCCAAUCUCACCCCGAGCGUGAAUGGAGAACCUGGUCAUCUGUGAAAGCAACGAUUCCCAACUUGCCUCGCGGCACAACGACCUACGACAUCCACAAGAAUUUACAACGCUUUGGAAAGUUGGAAUAUAUCCGCAUCGAGGAAACCCGUCAGGGCAACUUCGCCAGAUAUGCCCAUGUCACGUUUAGACCGCCACCCCCUCGAAGAGCUCCAUGGGACUCGAUCUACAGAAAUGGCAUCGACUUUCCUCUUAGAGACAAAAAUGGUGAAAGAAAGUACAAAGUCAGGGUCUCUUUGUCUCCGAGCCAACCCACGACUAAGCUCGUUGAAAGUCGUGCUUGCGCCGGCCUCACGUAUCCAUCUGAAAUGGCUCUGUUGGGCAACUCGAUCGACUUCGGUUAUCUGGAAAAUCCGACCUUGAUGGUCGUCAAGGCGAGGAGGUCUGAUGUCCAUGGUAGUGGUAUUAGACUGCUUCUCAAUCUCAGGCGGCUUGAAAUGGAAGUUCACUUUCCGGUGACGAUCAAGUCCAAGGGUAGGACAAACGAGAGAGCUUACCGAUUCUUCGUCGCUCUUGACGAUCAGUUUUCUCUUUCUGAGACCCCAAAUGGGGCACUGCCUUCCUUGGUGAUCCAUGUCAAGCGUCCGCCUUGCUAUUCGAGACAACUGAAGGAGGCUAUGCAACUGAGCCACGACCCGAGGUCAUUCAGGUGGUGUGCGGACGAUACCUGGUCUCGGCAAACCGAUAUUGUCGAAGAAAAGGAGACUUACCACAAGAUUGACAGCAGUCCUAUAUCGGUGCAAAAGCUCGACAACAGCAUUGACAUUGCGCGUUGGACAACCUUUCGGGUCACUAUUAAGCCAAGCACCGAUAGUCACGACGGUUCUCUGAGGCUGUUUCUGAAGGCUCUUGCAGAUUUCAAUAUUCGCAUAACUCGAGAUCCAUCCUUCAAAGUCGUGAUGGGCCCCAGUGGCGCAGCGCCUCUUUGGCGUCUGCUCGGUGAUCCCUCUUCAAAUCGGUCCCUGUCGGACCAACUUUCCUUGCCUUAUCUUGAUUUCAAUUUGAGAUAUCAACUUGAGGUUUGUAUUUCCAAAGGCUGGCUCAACGAGUACAGUUUGGACGAAAGUUUUCUGCGUCGUCUGACGGGAAUGCGCCCUGCACAUGCAAAGCAGAUGCUCAUCCACGUCGAUUCCUUCCAGCAGAGAGUUUUCGAUCCUAUGUCUAUCUUCACCGACCUGCGCUACUCCAAACCUGUACGUGCCCGCACUUUGCCAUCAAACUGUGCAGAAAUACAUCAUGCCACCGUUACUGCAACCGGAAUCCUGUUUCACACACCUUCCGUUGAGAUUACCAACCGUAUUGUGCGCAAGUAUAGGCGCCUCAGCGACCGGUUCCUUCGAGUGCGCUUUGAAGAUGAUCCAUACAGAGGCCAAACGAGGCUCUAUCCCGCGACGAACGGCAGAAUGAAGCUCGUCUUUGACAGAGUUCGGCGGACGCUCAAGAAUGGUAUCGUUCUCGGUGAUCGGCAUUACGAGUUUCUGGCGUGGGGGAACUCCCAACUUCGAGAACAUGGAGCUUACUUCUUCGCCUCCUCGAAAAACCCCGUUAUCACUGCCGAGAGUAUUCGCAGAGACAUGGGCACAUUUGAUCACGAAAAGGUUGUCGCAAAACGAGCCGCACGGAUGGGUCAAUGCUUUUCCACAACAAAGCCAGUCCCAGUGCUCAGCAGAAACAGCUGGAAAAGAGACCCGAUUCCUGACAUAAUCAAUGGAAUGUACACUUUUACAGAUGGGGUGGGUAAGAUCUCUCCACUCGCUGCUCAGCUUGUCAAAACAAACCUCAACCUUGAGGGAGAGCACCUGCCUUCGGCAUACCAAUUUCGACUCGGCGGCUGCAAAGGGGUCCUCGCCGUGGACCCCAAGCUCAAUGGCGUCGACAUUAAGAUUCGGCCGAGUCAGUACAAAUUCAGCUGUGAGUCAGACGAGCUCGAGAUCAUUCGCGUCUCAGAGUACUGGCAGCCAUUCCUCAACCGCCAGCUUAUUCUGGUGCUCUCGGCGCUGGGCGUUCCUGAUAGAGUAUUCUUGCACAAACAAUCAGACUGCAUAGAGGCAUUGGAUGCGGCGCUGGUGAAUGAUGUGGCUGCCUUGAAGGCACUGCGCACGACCGUUGACCCCAAUUCGAUAACCCUCAGCGUCGCUGCUUUGAUAGAGGCCGGGUUCUCCCAAAUCCAUGAGCCUUUUGUGGCGUCCCUUCUUCGGCUCUGGAGGGCCUGGACCUUGAAAUACCUCAAAGAGAAAGCAAAGAUACCGAUCACUCAAGGCGCCUUUGUGCUCGGCGUCGUUGACGAAACGAAGACGCUUCGUGGCCACAUCAAUGAGAUUCAGCCCAAGCCCGACGCAAGUCGCCAAGAGAAGGAGAAAUCCCUACCAGAGAUCUUCAUCCAAUAUACAGACCCGGUGAAGGGGGUCCGCCGUAUUGUCGAAGGUAUUUGUGUCAUUGCGCGGAAUCCGUCCCUGCACCGCGGUGAUGUACGAGUAGUCAAAGCCGUCAAUGUCCCUCACUUACGCCACCACUGUGACGUUGUGGUUAUGCCAGCGACAGGCGAUCGUGACUUGCCAAGUAUGUGCUCCGGGGGGGAUCUCGAUGGAGACGACUACAUUGUGAGCUGGGAUCCAGAUUUGAUACCUUCGGAAUGGAACGCUGAACCGUUUCAUUAUAACGCCCCGGAGCCAAUCCAAAAGGAGAAAAUAUCUGUCGACGAUGUUAUCAAUUUCUUUUACGACUAUAUGCAAAACGAUUUCCUGGGAAAGAUUGCUAAUGCCCAUCUCGCAGCUGCAGAUUACCUUUAUGACGGUAUCAACAGCGAACAGUGCCUGAAGCUGGUCGAAUUACAUUCGUUGGCUGUCGACUACCCCAAGACUGGCGUUCCUGCUGAGAUGGGUCGUGACCUUGAGCGGAACAAUUGGCCUCACUUCAUGGAAAAGAAACGAUUAGGACAAUAUCGUUCUCGCAAAAUUUUGGGUCAGUUGUACGACGCGGUCGAGAGAGCAAAAUUUAAGCCGCACUGGUCAGGGACCUUUGAUCGACGGAUCCUCAUACAUCCUCCAGCAGAUGGGAUCAUGGAGACUGUCAGCAAUCUAAAAAAGAGUUAUGAUGAGAGUAUGCGGCGCAUCAUGGCGCAGCAUCAAAUUGGCUCUGAAUUUGAGGUUUGGUCCACGUUUGUACUCCACCACAGCAAAGUCUCUGGAGAUUUCAAGUUUCACGAAGAGAUCGGACAGCACGCGAGAAAUUUGAAGGAGCAAUACUACGAAGCCUUCUGCCAAGAGGCUGGUGGAUAUGACGCCGAGAAGCUCAAGCCAUUCGCGAUAGCAGCGUAUCAUAUCACUCACAACGAACUUCGAGAGGCACAAGCACAACAGCAAGACAAUGGAGGGGUUGAGUCACAGAUUGAUGACUUGAAUGAAUCCAGUCCCGCUGCCACCGAUAUGCCCUUUAUAUCAUUCCCCUGGGUACUUCAGGAUACCCUAGUGAAGAUUGCGAGAAACACAAUCCUGCACGACGAAGGCCGAAAAGUGCAGAUAGCUCAACAACAGUUGAAGUCUAGUGACUAUGACCUCCUGCUUGAGGAAAUUAGUCCCCAGUGGACUUAUCAUGGCGACCACUUGCCUGAUCCAUCCAUGCCUAUCGCAGCAAGAGCGGACAUGACACGACCAGAAAUAACUAUUGCAACACAGAAUGAAAUCUCAGGAGUAAUAAAAAUGCCACCACCGGCCUCCAGACACAGCAGGUCAGGAGAACUUCUACCACUGAGACGACGACAAGCUGCCAGCGGAAAUAUGGAAGAGCCAGCUACCUCUGAUAACAGUUCGAUGAUUUCCUCGAACGUCCCUUCCGUGGUCACAAGCAACAUAAGUGGAUCUACCAGCUCAGAUGAUAUCGACCAACCACCCUCGCCCAUGUAUAUAUCAUCGGAGAACCUGGUGCACUCUUCCCAAAACCCCAUCUCCAUUGCCACAGGUCGCUUCCAGAGCUCCAUGGUUUCGACUUCGAGCAAAGGACCUCCGCUCGGAGUUGACAUGAAGUUACCGCUCAAAGACCCAGUCCUAAUGACAGAGGAAGAAUUUUAUGCCUUUGAGGACAAUAGUGGUGAUGAUGAGGAUCAGUUCACUUUCUGA